UGGGCACCGGCAGAGCUUCGCAGGCUGCAUCCGGCUCGGUGCUGCUGCCGUUGCCGCCCCUGCCGCCGCCCCAGGCCCUCGGCGUUCCCCGGAGAGAGGCAGAGGGAUUUCGGGCUGCCUCGGCACUCGCCCAGGUUUGUUAAGAUGAAACACUGCAGAAAGGCUAUCUGAAGAAAAGUAGAAGGAAAAACAGAACGUUGCAAACUCUGGAAAAAAACUUGGGCCUUUAGAUGUUGUUCUGGAAAAACUUUAGUAAUGGAUCAAAGGAAGAAUGAGAGUAUUGUCCCUAGUAUAACUCAAUUAGAAGAUUUUCUUACAGAACACAAUUCCAAUGUUGUUUGGCUCCUUGUUGCUACCAUUUUGUCCUGUGGAUGGAUUAUUUACCUCACAUAUUAUAAUUCCCGGAAUGUUGGUCUUAUUUUAACACUAGUUCUUAACAGAUUAUACAAGCAUGGCUAUAUCCAUAUUGGUUCCUUCUCUUUCUCUGUUCUUUCUGGAAAAGUCAUGGUUCGUGAAAUCUAUUACAUUACAGAAGACAUGUCUAUUAGGAUUCAAGAUGGUUUCAUCAUUUUUCGGUGGUGGAAAAUGUAUAACCCAAAACAGAAGCAACAUGAUUUUCCCGUGGCUUCCCAUCUCACUCAGAACAACACCAAGGUCUUAUCCAAAGGCAGAAACCAGGUUAUACAUCACAGUCAAUGACUUUGAAUUUCAUGUCUAUAAUCGUUCGGAUCUUUAUGGACGCCUUCAAGAGUUGUUUGGUUUGGAGCCAACAAUAAUUCCACCUAAGAAAGAUGAUGAUAAAACACGGGAAAAUGGAAGAACAAGAACCCAAUCGAAAAUUGAAAGAGUUAAAGUAAAAACAGAAUCCCAAGACCCCACAUCUUCAUGGAGAUCACUUAUUCCAGUCAUAAAGGUCAAUGUGAGCACAGGACGUUUGGCCUUUGGAAAUCACUACCAGCCGCAAACUCUGUGCAUCAACUUUGAUGAUGCUUUCUUAACUUAUACUACAAAACCACCUUCAAGUCAUCUUGACCAAUUCAUGCAUAUUGUGAAAGGAAAGCUUGAAAAUGUUCGAGUCAUGCUUGUUCCUAGUCCAAGAUAUGUUGGUCUUCAAAAUGAUGAACCACCGAGAUUAAUGGGAGAAGGUUUUGUGGUGAUGCAGUCAAAUGAUGUUGACAUCUACUACUACAUGGAUGAGCCAGGACUUGUUCCGGAAGAAACAGAAGAAAAUAUUGAAGGAGAAAUGAGCAGUGAGGAUUGCAAAUUACAAGACUUGCCUCCAUGUUGGGGACUGGAUAUAGUUUGUGGUAAAGGAACAGAUUUUAAUUAUGGACCGUGGGCCGAUAGGCAGAGAGAUUGUUUGUGGAAGUUUUUCUUUCCACCUGACUAUCAAGUUCUGAAAGUUUCUGAAAUUGCACAGCCUGGGAGACCAAGACAGAUCCUUGCUUUUGAAUUACGAAUGAAUAUUAUUGCAGAUGCUACAAUUGAUUUGCUGUUUACCAAAAAUAGGGAAACAAAUGCUGUACAUGUAAAUGUAGGAGCUGGCUCAUAUUUAGAAAUUAAUAUUCCAAUGACAGUUGAAGAAAAUGGUUACACUCCUGCUAUUAAGGGACAACUCUUACAUGUGGAUGCCACUACCAGCAUGCAAUAUCGGACCCUUUUAGAAGCAGAAAUGUUAGCAUUCCACAUCAAUGCCAGCUACCCCCGAAUAUGGAACAUGCCGCAGACAUGGCAGUGUGAAUUAGAGGUUUAUAAAGCCACUUACCACUUCAUCUUUGCACAGAAAAACUUCUUUACAGAUUUAAUUCAAGACUGGUCUAGUGACAGUCCUCCAGACAUUUUUUCAUUUGUUCCAUAUACGUGGAAUUUUAAAAUCAUGUUUCAUCAGUUUGAAAUGAUUUGGGCUGCUAAUCAGCACAAUUGGAUCGACUGUUCUACUAAACAACAGGAAAAUGUGUAUCUGGCAGCCUGUGGAGAAACACUAAACAUUGAUUUUUCUUUGCCUUUUACGGACUUUGUUCCAGCUACAUGUAAUACCAAGUUCUCUUUAAGAGGAGAAGAUGUUGAUCUUCAUUUGUUUCUACCAGAUUGCCACCCUAGUAAAUAUUCUUUAUUUAUGCUGGUAAAAAAUUGCCAUCCAAAUAAGAUGAUUCAUGAUACUGGUAUUCCUGCUGAGUGUCAAAGUGGCCAGAAAACAGUUAAACCAAAGUGGCGCAACGUUACUCAGGAAAAGUCUGGUUGGGUUGAAUGCUGGACUGUCCCAAGUGUCAUGCUUACAAUUGAUUAUACAUGGCAUCCAAUUUAUCCACAAAAAGCAGAUGAACAGCUAAAACAAUCAUUAUCAGAAAUGGAAGAGACAAUGCUAUCUGUAUUAAGGCCAUCCCAGAAGACAUCAGACAGAGUUGUUUCUUCUCCCUCCACUUCUUCACGCCCACCUAUUGAUCCCUCAGAACUUCCAUCUGAUAAACUUCAUGUAGAAAUGGAACUUUCUCCAGAUUCUCAGAUAACUCUCUAUGGACCUCUACUAAAUGCCUUUUUGUGUAUAAAGGAAAACUACUUUGGGGAAGAUGACAUGUAUGUGGAUUUUGAAGAGGUUAUCUCAAGUCCUGUUUUGUCACUGUCAACAUCAUCCAGCUCUGGGUGGACUGCUGUUGGAAUGGAAAAUGACAAAAAGGAAAAUGAAGGUUCAGCCAAGUCAAUUCAUCCACUUGCCUUGCGUCCUUGGGAUAUUACUGUACUUGUUAAUUUGUACAAAGUUCAUGGGCGUCUUCCUGUUCAUGGAACUACUGAUGGUCCUGAAUGCCCUACAGCUUUCUUGGAAAGACUAUGUUUUGAAAUGAAAAAAGGAUUUAGGGAGACCAUGCUGCAACUUAUCCUGUCACCCCUGAAUGUGUUUGUCAGUGAUAACUAUCAGUCUCAUCAUUAUUGUUUUCAGCAGCGACCCCCUGUGGAUGAAGUACUCAGGGAAGGUCACAUCAAUUUGUCAGGUCUCCAGCUGAGAGCACACGCUAUGUUCUCAGCAGAAGGUCUUCCUUUGGGAAGCGAUUCCUUAGAAUACGCAUGGUUAAUUGAUGUGCAGGCUGGAAGUCUUACAGCUAAGGUCACAGCACCACAGCUGGCAUGCCUCUUGGAGUGGGGACAGACAUUUGUUUUUCAUGUGGUAUGUCGGGAGUAUGAACUGGAAAGACCAAAAUCAGUAAUAAUAUGUCAGCAUGGAAUUGAUCGUCGGUUCUGUGAAUCCAAGUUGAGUUGUAUUCCUGGGCCUUGUCCAACUUCAGAUGAUUUGAAAUAUACUAUGAUUCGUUUAGCAGUAGAUGGAGCCGAUAUUUACAUUGUUGAGCAUGGUUGUGCUACAAAUAUAAAGAUGGGUGCAAUUCGAGUUGCAAACUGUAAUCUCCACAAUCAAUCGGUUGGGGAAGGAAUCAGUGCUGCAAUUCAGGAUUUUCAAGUGAGACAGUACAUUGAGCAAUUAAAUAAUUGCAGAAUUGGACUUCAGCCUGCAGUGCUACGGAGGGCCUAUUGGCUUGAAGCUGGGUCAGCCAAUUUAGGACUUAUUACUGUUGAUAUUGCUUUAGCUGCUGACCAUCAUUCUAAACAUGAGGCACAAAGACAUUUCUUAGAAACUCAUGAUGCCAGAACUAAGAGGUUGUGGUUUUUAUGGCCAGAUGAUAUCCUGAAGAAUAAGAGGUGUAGAAACAAAUGUGGUUGUCUCGGUGGCUGCAGAUUCUUUGGUGGCACAGUAACUGGCCUAGAUUUCUUCAAACUUGAAGAGUUGACACCUUCCAGUAGCUCUGCAUUUUCAAGCACAAGUGCAGAGUCUGAUAUGUAUUAUGGACAGUCUCUGCUACAGCCUGGAGAAUGGAUAAUUACUAAAGAAAUUCCCAAAAUUAUAGAUGGUAAUGUGAAUGGCAUGAAGAGGAAAGAAUGGGAAAACAAAUCAGUGGGAAUAGAAGUAGAGAGAAAAACUCAGCACCUUAGUCUUCAAGUACCAUUACGAUCUCAUAGUUCAUCCUCUUCCUCAGAAGAGAACAGUAGUUCUAGUGCUGCACAGCCUUUGUUGGCUGGUGAAAAGGAAAGUCCUUCAUCUGUUGCUGAUGACCAUUUGGUUCAAAAAGAGUUCUUGCAUGGGACAAAAAGAGAUGAUUGCCAAGCAAGUAUCCCUACAGAAAUUUCAGGAAACAGCCCUGUGUCUCCUAAUACUCAGGAUAAGUCAGUAGGUCAAUCUCCUCUUAGAUCUCCCUUGAAACGACAAGCCUCUGUCUGUUCCACCCGUCUUGGAAGUACUAAGAGUCUUACUGCUGCUUUCUAUGGGGACAAGCAGCCUGUAACAGUUGGAGUCCAGUUUAGUAGUGAUGUCUCUCGAAGUGAUGAGAAUGUACUAGACUCACCAAAGCAGAGGAGAAGUUUUGGUUCAUUCCCAUAUACACCAUCAGCAGACUCUAAUUCAUUUCAUCAGUAUCGAUCGAUGGAUUCCAGCAUGUCAAUGGCUGAUAGUGAAGCCUACUUUUCUGCUGCUGAGGAAUUUGAGCCCAUUAGCAGUGAUGAAGGCCCUGGAACUUAUCCGGGUAGAAAAAAGAAGAAAAAGCAAACCCAGCAGAUUGACUACAGUAGGGGUUCCAUAUAUCACAGUGUAGAAGGGCCACUUACUGGACAUGGAGAAAGCAUUCAGGAUUCCAGAACUCUGCCAUUCAAAACUCAUCCUUCUCAGGCUUCAUUUGUUUCUGCGUUAGGUGGAGAAGAUGAUGUUACAGAGCAUCUAUAUAUUGUAGAAGGUGAGAAAACAGUGGAGAGUGAACAGAUUACUCCGCAACAACCCGUGAUGAAUUGUUAUCAGACUUACCUUACUCAGUUCCAGGUAAUUAAUUGGUCAGUUAAGCACCCAACCAACAAAAGAACCUCUAAAUCCUCAUUGCAUCGUCCCCUUGAUCUGGAUACACCAACCAGUGAAGAAAGUUCAUCAUCAUUUGAACAGCUUUCUGUUCCAACUUUUAAGGUUAUCAAGCAGGGGCUCACAGCUAAUUCUUUGCUAGACAGAGGCAUGCAACUUUCAGGAUCAACUUCAAAUACGCCAUAUACUCCAUUGGAAAAAAAACUCGCUGAUAACACAGAUGAUGAAACAUUAACAGAAGAGUGGACCCUGGAUCAACCAGUGUCCCAGACCAGGACAACAGCCAUAGUUGAAGUAAAAGGAACUGUUGAUAUUGUUUUGACUCCCCUGGUGGCUGAAGCUUUAGACAGAUAUAUUGAAGCAAUGGUUCAUUGUGCUAGUACCCGACAUCCAGCUGCAAUUGUAGAUGAUCUUCAUGCUAAAGUCCUCAGGGAAGCUGUCCAAAAUAGCAAGACUACCUUCUCAGAAAAUUUAUCUUCCAAACAAGACAUUAGAGGAACAAAAACUGAGCAGUCUACAAUAGGAACGACUAACCAAGGACAAGCACAGACAAAUCUUACAAUGAAGCAAGAUAAUGUAACAAUUAAAGGUCUUCAGACUAAUGUUAGCAUACCAAAGGUAAACUUAUGUUUGUUACAAGCCUCAGUGGAAGAAUCUCCAACUACGGCUCCUAGUAGGAGUGUGACUCAUGUUUCCCUAGUGGCAUUGUGUUUUGACAGAAUUGCUACACAGGUUCGCAUGAACAGAGGUGUGGUUGAAGAGACUUCAAACAAUGCAGAACCUGGUAGAACAUCAAAUUUUGAUAGGUAUGUUCAUGCCACAAAGAUGCAGCCUCAGUCAUCUGGAUCUCUCAGAUCAAAUGCUGGAGCAGAAAAAGGCAAAGAAAUUGCAGCUAAGUUAAACAUUCAUCGAGUUCAUGGGCAACUUAGGGGUCUUGAUACAACAGACAUUGGGACCUGUGCAAUCACUGCUAUUCCUUUUGAGAAGUCCAAAGUUUUAUUUACUCUUGAAGAGUUGGAUGAAUUUACUUUUGUGGAUGAAACUGAUCAGCAAGCUGUUCCAGAUGUAACUCGAAUAGGUCCCAGCCAAGAAAAAUGGGGAUGGAUAAUGUUUGAAUGUGGACUUGAAAAUUUAACCAUAAAAGGAGGAAGACAGUCUGGUGCUGUUUUAUAUAACAGUUUUGGAAUUAUGGGUAAAGCUAGUGACACAGAAAGGGGUGGAGUGCUGACAUCCAAUAAUUCUUCUGAUUCUCCAACCGGCAGUGGCUAUAAUACUGAUGUCUCUGAUGAUAAUCUUCCAUGUGACCGGACAAGCCCUUCCUCAGACUUAAAUGGAAAUUCUGUUUCAGAUGAACAGGAUGAAGGAGUCGAAUCUGAUGAUUUGAAAAAAGAUCUACCUCUGAUGCCUCCUCCUCCAGAUUCAUGUAGCAUGAAGUUGACCAUUAAAGAAAUUUGGUUUAGUUUUGCAGCUCCCACCAAUGUGAGAUCUCACACACAUGCAUUUUCUAGGCAGCUGAACCUUUUAAGCACUGCAACGCCAGCUGUUGGUGCAUGGCUUGUUCCCAUUGACCAACUCAAGUCAUCUUUAAACAAAUUGGAAACUGAGGGAACCUUGAGAAUUUGUGCUGUUAUGGGAUGCAUAAUGACAGAAGCAUUAGAGAAUAAAAGUGUACAUUUUCCCCUAAGAAGUAAAUACAACAGGCUUACAAAAGUUGCUCGCUUUCUCCAAGAAAAUCCUUCAUGUUUACUAUGUAAUAUACUACACCACUAUCUGCACCAGGCAAAUUACUCCAUCAUUGAUGAUGCUACAAUGAGCGAUGGACUUCCUGCUUUGGUAACUUUGAAGAAAGGUUUAGUUGCACUGGCAAGGCAGUGGAUGAAGUUUAUUGUGGUGACACCAGCCUUUAAAGGAGUUAGCUUACAUAGACCAGCUCAGCCUCUGAAACCUCAAAUAGCUAUGGACCAUGAACACGAAGAUGGACUUGGAUUGGACAAUGGGGGUGGUCUUCAAAGUGAUACCAGUGCUGAUGGAGCAGAAUUUGAGUUCGAUGCAGCCACAGUCAGUGAACACACAAUGCUAUUAGAAGGAACAGCUAACCGGCCUCCACCUGGUAGCUCUGGACCUGUAACUGGAGCUGAGAUAAUGAGGAAACUUUCUAAAACUCAUACCCAUAGUGACUCUGCAUUAAAAAUAAAGGGCAUUCACCCAUAUCAUUCUCUGAGCUAUACCAGUGGAGACACUGCCACUGAUUCUCCAGUGCAUGUUGGACGUGCUGGGAUGCCAGUAAAGGAGAGUCCAAGGAAGGAGAGCCUACUCAGCUACCUGACUGGAAGCUUCCCAAGCCUGCACAACCUCCUGGAAGGUACUCCUCAGAGAAGCAGUGCUGCUGUGAAAAGUAGCUCCCUAACGAGAACAGGAAAUACAGUAGCCACUGAUAUGUUAUCUGAACAUCCCUUGCUAUCUGAGCCAUCAUCUGUGAGUUUCUAUAAUUGGAUGUCAAAUGCUGUGGGUAAUCGAGGAAGUGUGGUACAAGAAUCUCCUGUUACAAAAUCAGGACACAAUAGUCUUCCCACAGGUGUUGCACCCAAUCUUCCAACAAUACCCUCAGCCUCAGAUUUCAACACUGUCUUGUCUAGUGACCAAAAUACUUUGGAUGGGACACAUUCUCAGCAUAGCACCAGUCAGGAUGAUGUGGCAGGUGUAGAAGAAGCAAACCAAGGGUUUCCUGCUGUUCAGCUUGCUGAUGCACAGGUUGUUUUCAAGCCUCUUCUGAGUCAUACAGGGAUCCAGUCACAGGAUACAAUGCCAUUCUGCUACCGAAUGUACUUUGGAGAACACCUUUCAUUUUCAGGAACUUUGGACUGCCUCAGAGCAGAUAUUGUGGAUUCAGACACAGCCAAAGAGAGAAAAGGCAAAAGAGCAAGAAGGCAAGGCCAUGUGAAUCUUCCUCCACUUGAGUUCAAACCAGCAUUAAUGUUGGGAACCUUUAGCAUCAGUGCUGUUGUAAUGGAAAAGUCCGUGUGCACCCCUCAGAACUCUACCAGUGCCCUUUCUUUUCAUGAUCUCAGCAAGCGGUAUUAUAACACCUUUCACUGCAACUUUACUAUUUCCUGUCAGUCAAUAAGCCAGCAUGUAGAUAUGGCUUUGGUUCGUCUUAUUCAUCAGUUUAGCACAAUGAUAGAUGACAUCAAAGCAACUCAGACUGAUAUUAAACUUAGCAGAUAUACAGCCGGAUCUGCUUCCCCAACACCUACCUUCAAAACCAGAAAACAUCGGGACUUUCGUUCAUCUGACUUUAGCCGCAGUUCUAGAGGAAGUCUUAAUGGUGGCAAUAGAGUAAAUAAUGCAAAGAACAAACGGACCAACAAUGAGAAUAACAAAAAGGAAUCUCGAAACAAGAAUUCAUUAGGAAGAUCUGAAAGAAGAACAUCAAAAGUGUCUAGGAAAGGUUCAAAAGAUGUGGUGGAUCACAUGACUAUUCAUAUGGAUGACUCUGAUUCAAUUACAGUGUCAGAACAAAGUGAGCCUUCAGCUGAGUGCUGGCAGAAUAUGUAUAAAUUGCUUAACUUCUAUUCACUUAUCUCCGAUCCAACAGGAAUAUUGGAAAAGUCUUCAGAAACAUUUGGACCAGCAGGAGUUCGGAGCCCUACAGAGCCAACAUGUAAAGUUGUGUUUGAGAAUGAACAAGACAACAGCAGUUUGACUAAGACGCAGAGGAAACGUAGCUUGGUAACUUCUGAACCUCAGCAUGUUACUCUAAUAGUGUUUGGGAUUGGCAUGGUGAACCGCACACACCUAGAGGCAGAUAUUGGUGGACUAACAAUGGAAUCAGAACUGAAGAGGAUCCAUGGCAGUUUUACUCUUAAGGAAAAAAUGAAAGAUGUUUUACAUCAAAAGAUGACUGAGACUUGUGCUACUGCUCAUAUUGGUGGGGUUAAUAUUGUGCUGCUUGAAGGGAUUACACCAAAUAUACAACUGGAGGAUUUUCCUACAUCUCCUACAAGUACAGCCAAACAAGAGUUUCUAACUGUAGUGAAAUGUAGUAUUGCCAAGUCCCAAGCCCUCUACAGUGCCCAAAGAGGGCUGAAGACAAACAAUGCUGCUGUGUUCAAAGUAGGAGCUAUCAGUAUCAACAUUCCUCAGCACCCUGCCACCUUACAUAGCAUGAUGGUUCGAAGUUCUCACCAACUAUCUAAACAAAUCUCAGACCUAAUCAGACAACCUUCUACAGCCCCACAGCCUGUAAAAGAAGAUAUUGCAACCCCACUACCUUCUGAAAAAACCCCAACAAGUGUUAAUCAAACUCCUGUUGAAACAAAUGAAUUUCCUCAGCUACCAGAAGGCUUAGAAAAGAAGCCUAUUGUUCUUAAAUUCAGUGCCAUGUUAGAUGGUAUAGCCAUUGGAGCAGCACUUUUACCAUCUCUGAAAGCAGAAUACAAGAUGGGAAGAAUGAGAAGUCAUGGAAUGACAGGUGCACAGACAAGAUUUACAUUUGAGCUGCCAAAUCACAGAUUGCGUUUUACUUCAAAAGUUUCUGCCACAGAUAUGUCAACCAUUCCUCCUUCUGCCAGUCUUAACCUUCCCCCUGUUACCAUGUCAGGGAAAUAUAUAAUGGAAGAACAUGAUAGUUAUUCGGAUCAGGUGUGGAGUAUAGAUGAACUGCCUUCUAAACAAGGUUACUAUUUACAGGGAAAUUAUCUGCGUUGUGUGGCAGAAGUUGGUUCCUUUGAACAUAAUCUUACAACUGAUCUUCUAAACCACUUGGUAUUUGUACAGAAAGUGUUCAUGAAGGAAGUUAAUGAAGUAAUACAAAAAGUUUCUGGUGGGGAGCAGCCUAUUCCUCUCUGGAACGAACAUGAUGGAACAGCAGAUGGAGAUAAACCUAAAAUUCUCCUCUAUUCCCUAAACUUGCAGUUCAAGGGUAUUCAAGUAACGGCCACUACUCCAUCAAUGAGAGCUGUAAGAUUUGAAACUGGAUUGAUUGAACUGGAACUUUCUAACCGACUUCAAACCAAAGCUUCACCAGGAAGUAGCAGCUAUCUGAAACUGUUUGGCAAAUGCCAGGUGGAUUUAAAUCUGGCAUUAGGACAAAUUGUCAAACAUCAGGUUUAUGAGGAAGCUGGUUCUGAUUUUCAUCAAGUUGCCUAUUUUAAAACCAGAAUUGGAUUAAGAAAUGCCCUCCGAGAAGAAAUCAGUGGUUCUUCAGAUAGGGAAGCUGUGCUUAUUACUUUGAAUAGACCAAUUGUUUAUGCACAGCCUGUGGCCUUUGAUAGAGCUGUGCUGUUUUGGCUGAAUUAUAAGGCUGCCUAUGACAACUGGAAUGAACAACGAAUGGCUUUACAUAAGGAUAUUCAUAUGGCUACAAAGGAAGUAGUAGAUAUGCUACCUGGUAUCCAGCAAACAUCAGCCCAGGCCUUUGGGACUCUUUUUCUCCAGCUCACUGUCAAUGAUCUGGGAAUUUGCCUACCUAUCACAAAUACUGCACAGUCUAAUCAUACUGGAGACCUUGACACUGGUUCUGCUUUGGUAUUAACCAUUGAAAGUACUCUCAUCACUGCGUGCUCUUCAGAGUCUCUGGUUAGCAAAGGGCAUUUCAAAAACUUUUGUAUCCGUUUUGCUGAUGGAUUUGAGACAUCAUGGGAUGACUGGAAACCAGAAAUUCAUGGGGAUUUAGUGAUGAAUGCCUGUGUAGUUCCAGAUGGCACCUAUGAAGUAUGUUCAAGAACUACAGGACAAGCAGCAGCUGAAAGCAGUAGUGCUGGAACCUGGACACUCAACGUAUUGUGGAAAAUGUGUGGGAUUGAUGUUCACAUGGAUCCUAACAUUGGCAAAAGGCUUAAUGCUCUGGGCAAUACUCUUACAACACUGACAGGAGAGGAAGACAUAGAUGACAUUGCUGACUUAAAUUCAGUGAACAUAGCUGACCUGUCAGAUGAGGAUGAAGUUGAUACUAUGUCUCCCACUAUUCAUACUAGUUCAGAUGGAAGUUCAGUAAGUGGAGAUGGCCACAAACUCACCUUUGGGCAGCGACUUGUAAAUCACCUACUAGGCCUGACACCCCCAAAUCAGCGCCAUUCUGUUCCUGCAGAGUAUCUGUGUGACCCAGAGAUGUGGGGCUCCCCUCAGUCUAGCCAGUCCCAUUUGAAAGCAUGCAGAGCACACUCAUGGGGAAACGAAGCCACAGAUUAUCGAAGACAGGCAGCAUCUGCUAGCCAGCCAGGAGAACUUAGAGGAAGAAAAAUUAUGAAGCGUAUAGUGGAUAUCAGAGAACUGAAUGAACAGGCCAAAGUAAUAGAUGAUCUGAAAAAAUUAGGUGCAAGUGAAGGAACCAUAAACCAGGAAAUUCAACGUUACCAACAGUUAGAAUCUGUGGCUGUGAAUGACAUUAGAAGAGAUGUUCGUAAAAAAUUACGGAGGUCCAGUAUGCGGGCUGCUUCCCUAAAGGAUAAGUGGGGUUUGAGUUACAAACCAAGUUAUAGCCGAUCAAAAAGCAUUUCUGCUUCUGCAAGACCACCUCUUAAGCGAAUGGAAAGGGCAAGUUCUCGAGUAGGAGAAACUGAAGAGCUCCCAGAAAUCCGUGUGGAUGCAGCAUCUCCUGGACCUAGAGUAACUUUUAAUAUCCAGGAUACAUUGAAAAAUACAGUAUGGGGAAGUACACCACAGUCCAGCUGUCCUGGGGAAGGGUAUUUUCAGUUUCCAGAGGAGACAGAACUGGACCUUUUGUCAGUAACCAUUGAAGGUCCAUCCCAUUAUUCAUCAAAUAGUGAAGGAUCAUGUUCUGUGUUCAGUUCUCCCAAAACUCCAGGAGGCUUUUCACCAGGCAUUCCUUUCCAAACUGAAGAGGGCCGACGGGAUGACAGUUUGUCUUCUACCAGUGAAGAUUCCGAGAAGGAUGAAAAAGAUGAAGACCAUGAGAGGGAAAGGUUUUAUAUUUACAGGAAACCCUCACAUACAUCUCGUAAAAAAGCAACAGGCUUUGCUGCUGUUCAUCAGCUAUUUACAGAACGCUGGCCAACAACACCAGUCAAUAGAAGUCUUAGUGGCACAGCUACAGAGAGAAAUAUUGACUUUGAACUUGAUAUACGGGUUGAAAUUGAUAGUGGAAAAUGUGUACUCCACCCAACCACCCUUCUACAAGAACAUGAUGAUAUAAGUUUGAGAAGGAGUUAUGAUCGAAGUUCCAGGAGCUUAGAUCAAGAUUCACCUUCAAAAAAGAAGAAGUUUCAAACUAAUUAUGCUUCUACCACCCAUUUAAUGACCGGCAAGAAAGUGCCAUCAUCUCUACAGACAAAGCCUAGUGACUUGGAAACAACAGUAUUUUACAUUCCCGGAGUUGAUGUAAAGUUGCAUUACAAUUCCAAGACGCUAAAGACUGAAUCACCUAAUGCCUCCAGGGGAUCUUCCUUGCCAAGAACACUCUCCAAAGAGUCCAAGCUGUAUGGUAUGAAAGAUAGUGCAACAUCUCCUCCUUCUCCUCCUUUACCUUGCACUGUCCAGAGCAAGACUAACACCUUACUUCCUCCCCAGCCCCCACCUAUUCCUGCAGCCAAAGGAAAAGGAAGUGGAGGAGUAAAAACAGCCAAGUUAUAUGCCUGGGUAGCACUUCAGUCAUUGCCAGAAGAAAUGGUUAUUAGUCCCUGCCUAUUAGACUUUCUGGAAAAAGCUCUGGAAACUAUCCCAAUUACACCAAUUGAAAGGAAUUAUACAGCUGUCAGCUCACAAGAUGAAGAUAUGGGACAUUUUGAAAUACCAGAUCCUAUGGAAGAAUCAACAACAUCACUAGUGUCGUCUUCAACAUCUGCUUACUCUUCCUUCCCUGUAGAUGUUGUGGUUUAUGUACGAGUUCAGCCCUCACAGAUCAAAUUUAGCUGUUUACCAGUAUCAAGAGUAGAAUGCAUGUUAAAGCUGCCAUCCCUGGAUUUGGUGUUUUCUUCAAACCGAGGAGAACUGGAGACUUUAGGGACUACAUAUCCUGCAGAGACUUUAUCCCCUGGAGGUAAUGCUACUCAGAGUGGAACAAAGACUUCUGCUAGCAAAACUGGAAUACCAGGUUCAUCGGGACUAGGCAGCCCUCUUGGCCGAAGUCGACAUAGUAGUAGUCAGUCAGACCUGACCAGUUCCAGCAGUAGUUCAUCUGGCUUGAGCUUCACUGCAUGCAUGUCUGACUUUUCCCUUUAUGUAUUUCAUCCAUAUGGAGCAGGGAAACAAAAAACUGCUGUUUCUGGCCUCACACCUGGAUCAGGAGGAUUAGGGAAUGUGGAUGAGGAGCCCACUUCAGUCACUGGUCGAAAAGAUUCACUCAGUAUAAACCUUGAGUUUGUAAAAGUGAGUUUGUCACGGAUCAGGCGUUCAGGAGGUGCCUCAUUUUUUGAAAGUCAGUCUGUAAGCAAGUCUGCAAGCAAAAUGGAUACUACGUUAAUAAAUAUAUCUGCUGUUUGUGAUAUAGGGUCUGCCUCCUUUAAAUAUGAUAUGCGCCGACUCAGUGAAAUUCUGGCAUUUCCAAGAGCAUGGUAUAGAAGAAGUAUUGCAAGACGUCUAUUCCUUGGAGACCAAACUAUAAAUUUGCCAACAUCUGGCCCAGGGACACCUGAUUCCAUUGAAGGGGUAAGCCAACACCUUUCCCCUGAAUCAUCAAGAAAAGCUUACUGCAAGACCUGGGAGCAGCCAAGUCAGUCAGCCUCCUUCACCCACAUGCCUCAGUCACCUAAUGUGUUCAAUGAGCAUAUGACAAACAGCACCAUGUCACCAGGGACAGUAGGACAGAGCCUAAAAUCCCCAGCUUCCAUAAGAUCAAGGAGUGUAUCUGAUUCUUCAGUUCCUCGAAGAGAUUCACUUUCAAAAACAUCAACUCCUUUUAACAAAUCAAACAAAGCAGCAAGCCAACAAGGGACCCCAUGGGAAACACUUGUCGUGUUUGCUAUCAACUUGAAGCAAUUAAACGUUCAAAUGAAUAUGAGUAAUGUAAUGGGAAAUACAACUUGGACAACUAGUGGUUUGAAGAGCCAGGGCCGUCUGUCAGUAGGAAGUAAUCGUGAUCGAGAGAUCAGCAUGUCUGUUGGUCUGGGAAGAUCACAAUUAGAUUCUAAAGGAGGAGUAGUUGGAGGGACCAUAGAUGUCAAUGCUUUGGAGAUGGUUGCUCAUAUUUCUGAACAUCCAAAUCAGCAACCCAGUCACAAAAUUCAGAUUACUAUGGGUUCUACUGAAGCUCGUGUUGAUUACAUGGGCUCAAGUAUCCUCAUGGGCAUCUUCAGUAAUGCUGAUCUUAAGCUUCAGGAUGAAUGGAAAGUAAACUUGUAUAAUACAUUGGAUUCAAGCAUAACUGAUAAAAGUGAGAUUUUCGUCCAUGGAGAUUUGAAGUGGGAUAUUUUCCAAGUAAUGAUAUCAAGGUCAACCACACCAGAUCUGAUAAAAAUAGGAAUGAAGCUCCAGGAAUUUUUCACACAACAAUUUGAUACCAGCAAACGAGCUCUGUCUACCUGGGGACCAGUUCCUUACCUUCCGCCAAAGACAAUGACUAGCAACCUAGAAAAAAGUUCACAAGAACAAUUACUUGAUGCAGCACAUCAUCGACACUGGCCUGGAGUAUUGAAGGUGGUAUCAGGAUGCCACAUAUCCUUAUUUCAGAUUCCAUUACCAGAAGAUGGAAUGCAAUUUGGAGGAUCAAUGAGCUUACAUGGAAAUCAUAUGACACUGGCAUGUUUUCAUGGUCCAAAUUUUCGUUCAAAAUCUUGGGCCCUUUUUCAUUUAGAAGAACCAAAUAUUGCUUUUUGGACUGAAGCUCAGAAAAUCUGGGAAGAUGGCUCCAGUGAUCAUUCUACAUAUAUUGUACAAACACUAGAUUUUCACCUGGGUCAUAAUACUAUGGUUACCAAACCAUGUGGUGCUUUGGAAAGUCCUAUGGCAACAAUAACCAAGAUAACAAGGCGUCGCCAUGAAAAUCCACCCCAUGGAGUAGCAAGUGUGAAAGAAUGGUUCAAUUAUGUUACAGCUACAAGGAAUGAAGAGCUAAAUCUACUUCGUAAUGUUGAUGCUAACAACACUGAGAAUAGCACUACUGUGAAGAAUUCUAGUUUGUUGAGUGGAUUCAGAGGAGGUUCUAGCUACAACCAUGAAACAGAGACUAUCUUUGCAUUACCAAGGAUGCAGCUUGACUUUAAAUCCAUUCAUGUUCAAGAACCACAGGAGCCUUCAUUACAGGAUGCCAGCCUGAAGCCAAAAGUAGAAUGUAGUGUGGUGACAGAGUUCACUGACCACAUUUGUGUGACUAUGGAUGCUGAGCUUAUCAUGUUUCUUCAUGAUUUAGUGUCAGCUUAUCUUAAAGAAAAAGAAAAAGCCAUCUUUCCACCUCGGAUUUUAUCUACUCGACCAGGACAAAAAAGUCCAAUUAUUAUACAUGACGACAAUUCCUCUGAUAAAGAUAGAGAAGAUAGCAUCACUUAUACUACUGUGGACUGGAGAGAUUUUAUGUGCAAUACAUGGCAUCUAGAACCUACUCUUAGAUUAAUUUCUUGGACUGGAAGAAAGAUUGAUCCAGUAGGUGUUGAUUAUAUUCUUCAAAAAUUGGGCUUUCAUCAUGCUAGGACUACUAUUCCUAAAUGGCUUCAAAGAGGAGUCAUGGAUCCACUGGACAAGGUUCUGUCAGUUCUUAUCAAAAAGCUCGGUACUGCACUACAGGAUGAAAAGGAAAAGAAAGGCAAAGACAAAGAAGAACACUAAAAAAGUAAUUUGAUCUGUGAACAAAUUAUGAUUGUGUCUGUUUUAUUACACUGGAGUUUUUUUUAGUAUAAUAAUUUUAAAUAUAACUUUAAAAUAAUUCUAAAUUUGUGGCUAUUAUAAUUAAAAGUUUGUAAGUUAACCUGUUUGUUCUAGUUCCAUCAUUCUGUGUACAGUGAAGUAUUGCAUGAUAAUGUAAAUUUUGUGAAAAACUAGAUUAAAAUAUAUAACUGCUUGUUAUGGUUUAUAAUUAUAUAAUGUGCAAUACAAUUCCUGCAUCUUUAAAAUGUCUGCAGAAUAACUGUGAAUUUUUUUGUUAUUGGAUUGGCUGUAACUUUUAGAAAAAAAUCUUGUUGAUAAUGUGAUUUUGGGGAGGUCAUUAAUUGCUUUUUCUUUUUUAAAUGUAGACUUAUAUAAAUACCUGUUUGUAUAUAGCUUGAGUAAUUGUGAUAUGAUUGUAUACCACUAAAAUAUUGUUAACCAUUGUAAUAAAGUCACAGUAAUGGUUUAA